AUGGAUACAUCUAUUGUUCAAGAGAAGUCGCAGCGUCCCAAUGUUAAAAGAUCAAUAUCUUCUACUUUCAAGUCUCUGUUCAGAUCUAGCAGCGAUACCACCAAAUCAGACAAUUGUGGUGAUAGAAAUAGCGAGGGUAAGAAGAGACGGAAGCUGUUGAACACCGUUGAAGAACAAAACUUGGACUAUAGUAAGCACGAUAGUGACGACUCAAUUAUCCUGUUUGAUCCAGUACACAGCACAGAGGGACAGAGGCCGCCUCUGCUGCCUAUUCUUCCUAGACAAAGACUGAAGCUUCUAAAGUACAAGCAAUUAAAAAGAAUAGAGCAAGAUUUCAAGGAGCUGAGUGCUUUGAUAAAAAACAAUAAAGAAUCAUAUAAACCAGACAAUAAGUUAAAAUUCAAAUCGUUACUAAAGAAGACAGAUACCAAACCAAAACAUUCAUACAAAUCAAAUAAAUGGUCUGCUAUGUAUGAGUACGAUCCUUCUGAAUUUGAUGAAAGCGAAACAUUAGUUGUGGAAGAGGAUAAACGUCAAACACCAAUUAAUUUUGAGAUUCAGAAAGCCAAUACCCCACUAUCUAAUAGACUCAUCGAAGUACCAGACUCAACGAAGAAAAUAACUUCAGCAGAAAGUGAUGUAUUAUUCAACAUUCCUAAAGCUAAAAAACCCAGUGCAAAUGGUACCUCAUCUAACAUCUUAUCAGAAAAACCUGUUAUUAAAAACGCAAGCAAACUACCAACAGGACUCCCUAAACAAGAAAACGUCCUUUUACCAACUGUUGGUUUCGACUUUAUAAAAGACUCUAAUGAGACCCCUUCAAAGACAUUACCAUCUAAAAAUAAACCUCAAUUAGUGAAUAUAGACAAAACGACUGAUAUUAUUGACUCUGAAAAGCCUAAGGCACCUUUGUUCAGUUUUGGCAAUAACAAAACCAAUGCUACAGAGAAACAAGAAGCAACCAUUGCUGAAAAUGAUAAAACUGGUUUGGCAAUGGACAAACCAAAGGCAUUUAGUUUUGGACUUAAUAAAGAAAAGCCAGGCCAAACAUUGCUUGGAAAUACUUCUUCUAAAUUUAGUUUUGGCACUUCAGGUAGUCUCUCUGGUGAAUCUGACGCAACGACAAAAGCCGACAAUGCCUCGCAGACCAAUAUCAGUAGUAAGAUCAAACCUCUAUUUACUUUAAAUUCUUCAGAGAGUAAUAAAAACAGGGAAGAAAAAUCUGAUGAUGAAGAGGAUGAGAGGGAUAAUAAGAGAAAGAGAAGGUCCUCUGGUAAUGAUAAAGUUCCCAGCUUCAGCUUCGGAAAUAAGGCUACAUCCCUAGCCCCUGAAUCGCAACAGAAGCCUUCAUUUUCAUUCGGUGCGAAACCAGCAGAAAGUACUUCAACCAAGGGCACCACAGCUACUGAAAAACCAGUAUUUAGUUUUAGUAUACCACCAGUUCAAUCAGACGAGAAAAAAGACAAACCUAUACCGUUGUUUGGAGGUUUAAAGGCUACCACGGAUUCUGGCAAUGUAGGUAAUGAAAAGAAAGAUGAGCAAUCGCAAAAUAAAACAAAGCCACUGUUUAACUUUGGGCCAAAGGUUUCCAAUGAUAACUCAGGUUCUCCUGUAACAAAUGAGUCUUCAACAAAGCCCAAUUUCUCGUUUUUGAAACCAGCAAACGCGAAUACAAAUGGAACACCAGCUGAUGAAUCUACUAAAACUGAUUCUUCAGCUGCAACUUUAUCUUUACCUUUUGGUGCUAAAGUUUCGAAACCAAGUGAAGACAAGCCGGCAAUAAGUUUUGGAUUUGGGUCAUCUCAAUCUACUGAAAAACAAGAGCAAAGUAAAAGUACAGGAACGCCCUCAUUUACAUUUUCUGCAACAAAAUCAGAAACUCAACCAAAAAAUGAUGCACAGACUAGUACUGGCAGUCUGUUCAGUUUGGGUUCCAAAGCCACAGAAACAGCAGCCAACCCAACAACAUCCCAGCCUACAUUUCAGUUUGGUAAGGCUGCUUUAAAAAACGACGCGGCAAGCCCUUCUCCAAGUUCGGUAUUUGGGUCAUCUACUGGAUUAGCACAAAGCCAGCAAUCAAAACCUGCUUUCAGUUUCAAUUCAGCACCCAAUCAAGUACCUGGUUCCGGUGCACAAUCAUCGUUUAGCUUUGGUAAGCCAAAUGCAUCGGCUCCACCUACUACAUUUCCAGCCAGUCAAUCUCCCACACCAUUUGGACAGACACCUGCUCCUCAAAUCUCCACACCUAAUGCUCUUUUUAAUGCACCAAUGGGAGCAAAUCCUCAACCGCAAGAACCAGCCCAGGUAUUUAAACCUGCUCAGACACCUAAUUUCAACUUUAUGUCUGGAUCGUCCAACAUUAAUCCGGCCGCAGUGUUUGCUCCAUCACAACCGGCCUCUGUUCAACCUCAGCAAAUUUUUGGUGGUGGGAUGAAUAGCAACCCAAGCAUGAACACCGCUGGUGCUCCAGUUAGUGGGAUGGCGAAUCCAUUCACAUCCGGUAUGGGAAAUGGCAUGGCUACGAAUGCCCCACAAAUGGGAAUGGCAUCUGAACAGAAAUCUACUCCACCUCCAGGUUUUACACAAAGAAGACUUGCCAGAAUGAGAGCCCCAAGAAGAUAG